AUGAUGUCCUAUCUCAAACAGGCGCCGUACCCCAUGAACGGCCUGGGGCUCAGCGGCACCGCCAUGGACCUGCUGCACCCGGCCGUGGGAUACCCCGGGAACCCGAGGAAGCAGCGGAGGGAGCGGACCACCUUCACGCGGACGCAGCUGGACAUUCUGGAGUCUCUGUUCGCCAAAACGCGCUACCCGGACAUCUUCAUGAGGGAGGAGGUGGCCCUGAAAAUUAACCUGCCCGAGUCCCGAGUCCAGGUUUGGUUUAAGAACCGUAGAGCCAAGUGCCGGCAGCAGCAACAGAGCAGCAGCAGCGCCAAGCUGAGACCGGCCAAGAAGAAAUCCUCUCCGACACGGGAGAGCACGGGCUCCGAGAGCAGCGGCCAGUUCACACCGCCGGCCGUGUCCAGCAGCUGCUCUUCAUCCGUCUCCUCCUCCUCAUCCUCCUCCGCCUCUAACGCAUCCGCCCAUGGCACCCCAGCUGGCCUCAGCAGCACCUCUACCUCCGUCACUGCACCCGUGUCCUCCAUCUGGAGUCCCGCCCCCAUCUCCCCGGCGCCGGCUCCGGCCUCGCUCCCAGACCCAGCCGCCCCAACCAGCGCCUCCUGCAUGCAGAGGUCGGUGUCGAGUGCCGCCGGGGGACCCGCAUCCUACGCAGUGUCGUACAGCCAGGCGGCGGCCUACGGUCAGGGCUACCCAGCCUCGGCGUCGGGCUCCUCCUACUUCGGAGGUGUGGAAUGCAGUUCCUAUCUGGCCCCCAUGCACUCCCAUCACCACCCGCACCACCAGCUGAGCCCCAUGACGGGCUCCUCUGUGUCGGCUCACCCGCACCACCACAUCGGCCAGACCUCAGGGCACCACCCCCACCCACACCAUCACCACCACCAUCACCCCCAUCACCAGGCGGCAUACGGCGCGCCAGGCUUGCCCUUCAACUCCGCAGACUGUCUGGAUUAUAAAGAACAGACGACGGCCUCCGCCUGGAAACUCAACUUCAACACCUCCGAUUGUUUGGACUACAAAGACCAGGCCUCCUGGCGCUUCCAAGUCUUGUGA